AUGACAAAAAAAAGCACUAUCUUGAGUUUGCACCGAGGUGUUGUUGACCAGCAGAGUAGCAAUGAUUCUGGGGCAAAGAGCGUUAAAAUGGGGCAUCAAGGGAUCAGCCGGUCCAGUAGACAAGAUCAGAAGCAGACUGAGAGCAAACAGAUCAAUAGAGAUAAAGGGAGUUUGAAUAGCACGAGAGUAGUGAUGCCAGUUAAAACCCAAGAGAAUGGGAUUUGCCCUGGCUUUAACACGUUUGCUGGGUUGGUUUGGCCAGCUCAGCAGCAGCAGCAUCCUGGCGGCCUGUGUGGGAGCAGUAGCAAAACCGACGCGGGGCAACUCGCAGCCAGCACAGCACCAUGCAUGAUAUCUCACCAAGUGUGCCCCGUGGCGGAGGGUGGUAUAGGCACGACUGGCUGUCGUUUGCUGCGCAGUUUCGCAGCGGCUGCACAGGCAGCGGUUCCGGUGCAGGACGAUGGCAGGCAUAGGCUGUGGUCAUCCCACUCCAACUGA